UUCUGCCAUAGACGUACGGACCUCCUUUUGUUUCUUUGACCGGUGGCACCACCACCACCACAAUGUUGUAGAAAAAGUCUCUAGCCCUCUUAACCAGCUCCCACCACUUGUCAUCACACUCCUCAACUAUUAUUUACUCCUAUCUGUCUCUCAACCAUCACUAUAUCUAGAAACUAGGUCUGUCUAGCACUCCUCUUAACCAUACAACCCUACAGCAAGUUUUUCUACAAGAACAAACUUCACCCCGUUUGAUCUCUUCCAUUGUUAUUAGUUAACCCCACUUCUCUUAGUUGUCUAUUUCUCUCUUUUUUUUUUCAUUAUAUGGCUUUGCUUGUGGAUCAACAAUCAAACUUCAAACACUUUUGUAAGAUUUGCAAGAAAGGAUUUAUGUGUGGAAGAGCACUAGGAGGGCAUAUGAGGGCACAUGGUAUAGGUGACGAGAAUAUUGGCAACGUCGAUGAUGAAGAUCCUGCAAGUGAUUGGGAAGAUAAAUUGGGAGCCAAUGUGCCCCCAGGAACCAGGCGUAUGUAUGCUUUAAGAACGAAUCCGAAUCGAUUAAAGAGUUGUCGGGUUUGUGAGAAUUGUGGAAAAGAAUUCUUGUCAUGGAAGUCUUUUCUUGAACAUGGAAAAUGCACGUCCGAGGAUGCUGAUCAAUCACUUCUUUCGUCUCCAGGAUCGGAAGAGGAGGAUGGCACGCCAAGAAGGAGUUCCGGUUGGUCUAAAAGAAAACGAUCAUUGAGAGCUAAAGUGAGCAAUUUGAACUUAAGUUGCCCAUCAAGUGAAGACGAAGAUCUUGCCAAUUGCCUCAUGAUGUUAUCUAAUGCAACUACAGUUGAUCCUUUAGAAACCGAGCCUGAGGAGUCUUGUGCAUCGGCUAGUAAGGAAGAAGAGCGAAGAAAUCCGACGAAUUUUAUGGCUCCUAUGGAACAUAAGCCACCAUUGGAGAAAGCCAAGGGGAUUGCUAAAGGAAUGUUUGAAUGCAAAGCAUGCAAGAAAGUUUUCAGUUCACAUCAAGCAUUAGGUGGACAUAGAGCUAGUCACAAGAAGGUUAAAGGAUGUUAUGCAUCCAGGCUCGAUCAAAGCAUGGAUUAUAGUCUAGCUGAUCAUGAUGAAGAUGUGGUCACACAUGAAGAAUUCUUUCCAGCUAAAUUGACAUCCACUUUGCAAUUCGAUCAUGGUUCGACUCCUCCAUUAAUCGCUUCCACUUCAAAAAGGAAAUCGAAAGUACACGAAUGCUCGAUAUGCCAUCGUGUUUUUUCAUCAGGACAAGCAUUAGGGGGUCAUAAAAGGUGUCAUUGGCUCACAUCUAAUACACCAGACACUUCAUCUUUGCCCAAGUUCCAUCAAUUUCAGGACCACUUGGACCAAAUUCAUCAGCGACCAAAGUUCAUCAACAAUUCUGAGCAAUUAGAUCUCACACUUGAUCUCAAUCUUCCUGUCCAUCAAACAGUUACAAAUCCUUCAAACAUCGAAGUUUCUACUGAGAUUUAUUUACAACCUUGGACAGGAGUUGAUGCAAAAUUAAAGGAUGACAACAAUCAUCAGCACCAAAACGAAGAUCAUCAUGACGACAAAGACAACAAUAACAACGAUAAUAAUUAUUACAGUACUUCAGUUCAGAAUGUGGAUGAUGAAGCAGACAGUAAGUUGAAGUUAGCUAAACUUAGUGAAUUAAAAGACAUGCGCACUAGUGGAAGCUCAUCUCCUUGGUUGCAGGUGGGGAUUGGUUCAACUACUGAUUUGGGAACUGAAAAAUUAUAAAAUUUUGUGACUCAAUAUGGGGCUUCAAACUUUUACUUUUUGAUUCUUUAAUUUGUCCAAUUUUGUAUUUAAAAACUGUAAUUACAAACAGAUUCGUAAUUAUAAUU